AAACAAACAAACAGGGGUUUAAUUACAAAACCGCGCAAAUUGUGUUGGACAGAGGAGUUGUGUUGAAGCCCCAGAUAAAGAGAGAGGAUGAGGGAAGGAUCUGUACAUCCACCUGUUUAAUUCAGCACCAUACUGAGCCAAAGGUGUGAGGAAGAGGACUGUGAGGAGAGGUCCUGUUCUCUCUCUCUCUCUCUCUCUCUCUCUCUCUCUCUCUCUCUCUCUCUCUCUCUUUCCUCCCAUUCCUCCCGCAGUAAUCUCUCUUCCACAACAAACCGGCGCUCAGUGUGUUCCCGCAGUCAGGAUAACCGCACGAGGAUUUGAUCUUCUCUCUUCAUUCCAUUCCUCUUCAGAUUGCAGUCAUGGGAUUUUACUUUACUUCCUUUUGACAUCAGAAAGUCUAUAGAAUAAAAACCCCGGUCAGUGAUAGGAGGAGACGUGUCGCUGUGCUGGAUGAAGAUGUUAGAAUCCUGGCUGUCACUCGAAGCGUAAAGCGCUUUCUUUCCCAUCUUUUUUCCUUUCUUUUCUGACGCCGAUUGGAAAUUAAAACAGUGAUCAAUAAUGUUCACGUUCGCUGCCUUCUGUUACAUGCUUUCCCUCGUCCUUUGUGCUUCCCUCAUCUUCUUCGCUAUCUGGCAUAUAACAGCCUUUGAUGAGCUCCAUGCAGACUUCAGAGUGCCGAUUGAUCAGGGCAAUCCAUUCCACGCACGUGAAAGACUUCGGAACAUUGAGAGAAUAUGCUGUCUGCUCCGAAAGCUGGUGCUUCCAGAGUAUUCAAUCCAUGGUCUCUUCUGUAUCAUGUUCAUGUGUGCUCAAGAAUGGCUAACUGUGGGCCUCAACAUCCCUCUGCUUUUCUACAACACAUGGAGGUACUUCCACAGCCCCACAGACACCAAGGAGCUGCUUUAUGACCCUGCAAGUGUCAUGAAUGAUGAUACGCUCAAGUUCUGUCAGAAAGAGGCUUGGUGCAAGAUGUCUUUCUUCGUGCUUUCCUUCUUCUAUUAUCUCUACUGUAUGAUCUACAAUUUGGUGACCUCAUAACAGAGCUCUUCGCACAGAGGAAAGUAUUGGGAUUUCAGAGACUGUUUUCUCAAACAUGUAGUAUUUGUCUAAUCACUGGUUCUUAAUCACUGUAUCUAUGAAACCAUUAAAUUCUGCCUACAGGCUGCGCAAUGUGAAGCACUUGGUAUAAUACACACGUUAUAAAGCACACGUUAUAAACAUUGCACAGACUGACUCACAUGUCCUUCAGCAUAUCCAGGAUACAUAUGAGAUCCAUGCCGGUGUUAUGGGAACAAAUAGUGGAUUUUGAACGGGUCAGUGUGUUUGUACAAUGUAAAGACAAGAAAAAAGUUUUAAUAUGGAACAAAUACUGUUUAAUGUUUAAUCUUUUGUGUAUCGCACAAUUUGUGUAAUGCUCUGUUUUUUGCUGUUGUUUAGUUGUUUUAAAAAAGAUAAAUGUGAAAUGAUCUAUAUUUACAUAUGAUAUUGAAAGUAUAUUAUUAUUAUUAUUAUUAUUAUUAUUAUUAUUAUUAUUAUUAUUAUUAUUAUCAUUAUUAUUAUUUAUAUACAAUACUGAGAAUACAGAGUUACACUCAAGUCUUCCUGUAUUUAAUAUGUCAAGCUGUUCAGUUCAGGCAAUCUGACCUUGAGCCAAAAGAACUUACUCUCACAUGCUCCAUAUUUUCUCCCACGAGAGCGAGGCUGUGAUCACCAGGUUUUUUUUAAAGCCAGAAAAUAUUUUACACGUAACCCCAUGGUGAAGAAAAGGUGCUGAUGGCUGUUUUUGUUAGCACAAAAAACUUCCAAAUGAUUUUUAACUUUGUAGAAAAAAAGCUGAGGAGCGUCAAGUCCUUAUUAUAACCCUAAUAGUUAAUCAGGUCCCAGCUCAGGGAAUGAGAGAACAGAAGAGACAUGGAGGCCAGAAUGGCCUUGAAAAUAUGUCUUAAUGAGUGAAUGUUGCAAUCUCACUAGCAAUAAGACACUUGUUAGUUUUGGGCCAUUGGUAUCUGAUGUCAUGGUUCCACUUUAACUGUGACUGCAUCCAAUAGCCUAAAUAUCUCUUCUUCCAUAGAUAAUCUAAACAUUAUUAAUAAUACAGUGAGGGAAAAAAUUAUUUGAUCCCCUGCUGAUUUUGUACGUUUGC